CAAGUCGUUGUCGCCUGUCGUCGCCGCCGUCGCCACCAUGUCCGCCCUCUGCCCGUCGACGCGUCUGCUGCCGCUGGGGCUGCUGCUACUCCUGGGCCUGCUGCUCGCCGCCCCGCCCGCCGCCGCCGCCGCCGCCCCCAGCGACGCGCCCUUGCAGCGCUCGCCCAGGCGGGUGCACUCGCACGCGCCAGUGUCGGGAUCAUUUUACCAUGUCCACUCUAUUCGACCACUCACUCAGUUCGAAAACCGCUCGGAGGCGUAA